AUAUGUUCAGUGCUGCUGCGGGGUCCGAGAUAUGGCGAGUCCGCCUAAACAGGAGAUUUUCUCUAAUGUGAAGGCCACUAUUGACCUGUCAGCAUUUAAAGAAAGAGAGAAAGUUAUUUCCCUGUUGUAUGAAAAGCCUUUGAGAACGAGAAAGUUGAAUGGAAUGUGUUACAAAACCCAAGGUUCUUUUGAGGAGCUGGAGGAACUGUUUCAUGAAAUUUCCUCCUUUAAAAAGUCAGAUGUUCACAAUGUCAGACAUCAAAAGCAUGAGAGCAGUCGGUCGCCAGUGCAAGUGAUGUCUGUGGAGGUUGUCGACUCGGUCAUGUCUUACAUUGAGCAGAAAUGCUCCAAGGAACUCGAUAAAAUUGGAGGGAACGAGGUUUCUAUGCACGUACACCGAACCCACGACAAAGUGCUUGUUGACUUCCGGCUUGUGAACCCACAGCACCCCGAGUUCUUGUGUCACCAUGCAAGAGAGAGAUUUAUAACGUUCUACCAGAGAAUUGCAACAAACCUUCAAACAAGAACAUUUGAUGUUGAUCCAAUUGUCUUGCAGCAUCGCAAGCAAAUUGAGGUCAGAUUUCCGGAACUUCUGAUAUCAGACAUUCCACGUAAACACUCAUUGAGAAGCAGCAUCACAGUGAUGGGGAGCUACACAGACAUAAUGUGGUUCGAGGAGUUCCUAGAAAAUGGCAUGGCGACCUCUCAAAGAGUUGUGAGGGACCAGGGGCGGUCGCCACAGAGCAGACAUUCCGACCUCUCUGGACCCUCAGCUAAGCAACCUGAACGGAAGGAGGAGGGUGAGAGUUGUCCCAUUUGCCUGGAUGUCAUGAAGAAAACGGAGAUGAAGACUCUGGCCCGCUGUCAGCACUCAUUUUGUGAAGAUUGCUUGAAGAAGGCCUUCAGUUCCAAACCCAUCUGUCCAGUUUGUGGUGUUGUCUACGGUGAGCUGGAAGGGACGCAACCACAGAAUGGCACUAUGGAAGUAUCGACUUCAAAAGCACCGUUACCCGGAUAUCCUACGUACGGCUCCAUCAUAAUCCGAUACCAAAUACCAAGUGGUAUUCAAGGAGAGGAGCACCCCAAUCCAGGGCACAGUUACGAAGGCAUCUCCCGUGUUGCCUUCCUCCCAGACUCCCCAGAGGGCAGGAAGGUGGCCAAACUUCUGAAAAGGGCCUUCCAACAGAGGCUCAUAUUCACGAUUGGCCGGUCGUCCACCACGGGCCGAAACAAUGUGGUCACAUGGAAUGACGUACACCACAAAACCUCCCGGACAGGUGGACCCACCAACUAUGGUUACCCAGAUCCAGAUUACCUGAGCCGAGUAAAAGAAGAACUGAAAGCCAAGGGGAUUUAUUAACGUCUUGACUUUACUUGUGAGCAGUGACCUCAUACUGCAUUGCUGGAGUGGCAGCACCCUAGGUACAGUUUUAUUUCUCUUUAAAAUCCAUUAACGGCUCCUCCGGAGCAAUUUAAAGCCUUCUACACCCCACAUCAGUGGUCCAGAGGAGCCGUGUUGUUACCCAGUUGUCAGUGGCUGAACAAACCAUGGACAGGAGGAGGGUUUACUGUCAACCACGGUGUAAAGGUGUCUGCUGUGUACAGUGCUUUUGUUAACCUCUCAGCUGGGGGUCUGUCUCUUCUCCACUGGGAGCUCAGCACCGGCAGAUCUGCAGCAUGACGGCCAGGGUGACAGGCAUGCGAAUCUGUGAAAUACCUGUCACUUCCUUUUCCUCAUGUUGGGCAGGUAAUGAGAAAAUCACACACACACACACACACACACACAGAGGCAGAAGCCGCUUGUCCCAAGCAAG